AUGACCGUGGCUUCCCAUGGAGCUCAAAGGCAGGCGAGUGCCUUUAAAAAGACCACCUUGUCACUUGAACCAGUUCACAAGGUGAAUUGCCAACAGUAUCGAAGUAUGUUAAAGACGAUGCGCAUGCCUCUUGUGCAAGGUCCUAAGAACAGACAUGAUUUUGCCAGCUUUGAAGACAGAAACAGUAAUUCUUUCCUUAAAUUCAAUCCAUUCACCCCUCCAGAACGGCUGAAUUACCCUUUGUUCCCACACCGGGAUGACAUGGCUUUACAGGAUCCCUGCUCGGGUUUUGUGAGUGCAGGAGCUGAUGUUGAACUGCAGCCCAAUGUUGGAAGAGCUGUUGAAUCUCUGGUGGACUACAGUGACAUGAAACCUCACCAGCGGGUCCCCAUCGCAGAGAAGAGAGGCCAGGCUGCCCACAGGAGGCACAUGAUCCUCUAGAAGGAAACCAGCCAGAACAGAAGGUGGAACUCCAGAGCUGUGUCUGCUGCUUCCCUCAGGGCACGACUCAGAGGCUUGGGAACUCCAAUGAAAAGUGCUCCUGUUCUACCUGACCAGAACCAUAAUUAUGCAUUUUAUAUGGAUCCCAAGCUACAGUUGGAGCUUGAGGCUGAAGCCUCUGACUCAAGCACCAUUGGUGACCAAGAUAACAAAAG